CCUGUUCCCCUGCUGAUCUGGUCCACGUUGUAUGUUCUUAGAAUGCUCCAGUGUUCAGCGUUGAACUGCUGUAGGUUGCUUAGCGACAGCUAGCCCCAAGCAACGUAACAUGUGCCUGCGCUUGUAAGGAGGAGGUGCGUGUUGUGUGCGCGUCAACUACAAAGCUCUCGCCAUCCUGGUGUCACUCAGCGCGAUGCGUUACGGCCGUCACUCUAAAGACGAAAACAAACGCGUUGUUCUUCUUCGCCGUUGACUGGGUGGAGAACAGGCAGCCGUUGGCACGGCGUUUGGGGUUUAAUUUUACAGGGCUCGCUCAUCACCAAACUAUACUUGGAGGAGUGACGAUAAAUCGUGCGGAGAUUUAUCUUCGCGCCGCUUCGUUGGGGGCAGCCGAGGCUGCGGGAGGUCGGGAGCGCAGUGAACAGCGGGGCCGCUACAGACUCGAUACAAACACAGUGAUACGGCGAGGCCGCUACAGACUCGAUACAAGCACAGUGAUACAACGAGGCCGCUACAGACUCGAUACAAGCACAGUGAUACAACGAGGCCGCUGGGUUACAGACUCGAUACAAGCACAGUGAUACAACGAGGCCGCUGGGUUACAGACUCGAUACAAACACAGUGAUACAACGAGGCCGCUACAGACUCGAUACAAACACAGUGAUACAACGAGGCCGCUACAGACGCGAUACAAGCACAGUGAUACAGCGAGGCCGCUACAGACUCGAUACAAGCACAGUGAUACAGCGAGGCCGCUACAGACUCGAUACAAGCACAGUGAUACAGCGAGGCCGCUACAGACUCGAUACAAGCACAGUGAUACAACGAGGCCGCUGGGUUACAGACUCGAUACAAGCACAGUGAUACAGCGAGGUCGCUGGGUUAGACUAGUUAGAACAAGCACAGCGAUACAGAGGAGAGACGCCGACAGAGCUACAUUGUAGCAAGUCGACAGCAAGGCGUGGUGGACUAAUCGCUGCUCUCUCGCCUAUUAAAAUCAGUCAUAUUUUCCCUUCCCAUGAAACUAGUAGCGAUUUAGCUAUGCGCGUGAAAGGUCGUGUUCAAUGGUCGUUGAUUCGCCAACAAAAAUCAAGUUAUUACAAUGGCCAGGACUUACACCCAGAAAUCAGCCCCAUUCCACGGUUAAUGUCAACGUUGAAGAGGAGCGGAGGGCGUUAGAGGUGGACACAGGGGGAAUAACGCAGAGAUGGAGUUGCCAUGACCAGUACAGAUGUGUUCCCGGAGUUUCUUCCGCCAGCCUCAGUGCGAGGGAGUAGUGAGAGCCCGAGGAGACGACAGACUCUCCACACCCUGGCCGCGGUCGCCGUGCUCCUCGCCACCGGUACCACCAUCACCAGCCUCAACAAAUGCAUCUUCGCCGUCUACAAUUUCCAUUACCCGCUCUUGCUGUCCGCGCUUCACAUGCUCACAGCCAUUGUUAUCGACUAUGUUUUGAUCCGAAUGGGAUUCGUAAAUCUGCAAAUAAAAGAAAUCAGCGGCCUAUCUACCGCUGCCAAAGUGAAAGUGUUUUUACUGAGCUUGACCUUCUGUGCCACCAUUGCUUUCGGAAACAUGGGGUUGAACUGCGUGCAAGUCUCAUUUGCACAAGUUAUCUCCACCACCACGCCUCUCUUUACUAUUGCCAUAUCCAAGCUCUUCUUGGGAAAGCACCAUCACAUUCUGAAGUACACUGCCAUGAUGCCCAUCUGUCUGGGUGCUUCAUUCAGUCUCAUUGGUGAGAUGCAGUUUGAUCACAAAGGAUGCUUCUACAUUUUUGCUGCAACCAUGUUGAGAGGAGUGAAGUCCAUCCAGCAAAGUAUUCUCCUUCAGGAAGAAAAGAUCAACUCUGUCAUCCUGCUCUAUUUGAUGUCCAUCCCAAGCUUCUGUAUUCUUAUUUCAGCUGCGUUUCUGCUGGAAAGUGACACCGUAUGGGAGUCAUCCAUUAAAUCUGACAACAGACUUUGGAUGUUCAUUCUGCUUAGCUGCCUUGGCUCAGUCCUGUACAAUUUGGCAAGCUUCUGUGUCACGACACUUACUUCAGCCGUCACUCUCCAUGUUGUGGGAAAUCUCAACAUGGUUGGAAACCUCGUCAUAUCACAGGUCCUCUUUGGCAGUGAGAUGACCGCGUUAAGUUACGCUGGUAUCGGGCUUACGCUGUCAGGUGUGCUGAUGUAUCAGAACUCAGACUUCAUAGCAGACUAUUUAAAUUCAAGAAGCAAGCAUCAUGAAGAGCAAGACCAUUUAAAAACUGACUGAAAGAAUGUCAUGUCCAUGGCAGGAAAUAACAUAUUCAUAAUUCAAUGGGAUUACAUUUUGUCAACAUGCCAGCAGACAAGAUACUAAAGAUAUUAAAGAAAAGUAUAUUGUUUUAUUUAUGAAUGCUUUACGCAAGUUCUCCUUAAUUGUACGAUAAAUCUGUGACUGUUGUAUUUAUUUCAUCCUAUAAUUUCAGACCAGAUUAUUAAAUAGCUCAAUUUUU